UUUUAUUUCCUGCGAUUGUAAAGAUUUUUGUGAAUCUUGUCAACAGAAAAGUUCCCUUUAUUUCACCUUUUUUCGGGAUUUUAGUACCUUCGUAGAUUUUUAAAGAUAUUUGGUUUAUCUAGUGCAUAGAUAUCGUUUCUUUAAUUACGUAAAUUGGAUCGUAGUUUGCUGUGAUUUAGCUGUCGGAUCAGAAAAUGUCACAGAAGUACAACAUUGAUUCCGCUUUACAGCGCGAUCUGAGUAUUUCGAAAGGCCGAGUCUCGGUGUCCUCAAACCAUUCCUCCCAGCCAAAGCAACAUACUUCGUCGCCGAGCGUUUCGGGUACAGCAGUUAUUGGACUGGCUUUCCAAGGUGGUGUAGUUCUCGCUGCGGAUUCCGUGGCAUCUUACGGUAGUCUCUGCAAAUUGCGGACAGUCCCGCGCUUACUGAAGGUCAACAAUAAUACGGUCGUUGCUGUGACUGGCGAUUAUGCAGAUUAUCAGUUCAUCGAGCAACAUAUCGCCAAAAAGUCUAUUGCUGAUUUCUGUUCGGACGACGGGUACGAGUGGUCUCCCAAAUCUCUACACAGCUGGUUGACUCGUGUUUUAUACAACAGUCGCUCGAAACUGGACCCGAUGUGGAACAGUUAUGUCGUCGGAGGUUUGGAGGAAGGAGAAAGUUAUGUUGGUGGAUUGACAAUGCUGGGAAUCAGCUAUAACGCCCCUUACAUUGCUACGGGAUUUGGACGAUUUAUCGCUCAGCCCUUUCUGGCUGAUCAACUGGAAAAAAAUCCCGCAUUGGAUGAGAAAACUGCUCGAGAAGUGGCUGUACAUGCUCUCAGAUUGUUAUAUUAUCGUAAUCGAGAAUCCAGCAAUAAGUACCAGCUGGCAGUUGUCACUAAGGAUGGGGCUGUCGUUGACCCAGUAAAAGAAUUUGAAGGCCAAUGGAACACGGCCUUGAUGAUUCGCGGCUAUGAAUAGUCAGCAUUCUCUUUACUUUUUUGUUAAAAUAUCUAGCUAACCAUAAGCUGUGCGUACGAGCUUCUGUUUAGGAAAAGGCAUCUGAGUAAGUCUUCAAUAUUGUACUUGCGAUGGCAUUCAUUUCUGGGAUAUGUGUUUACGAUAUUUUUUGGCGAUCAAUAAAGGUUCCAUAACGG